ACUGGAGCUAUUUGGUCGUAUUUAAGCGGAUGAAGAUCAAUAUUUAUGUCAUACUGAAAAUAGUACCCAACCCCGAAACAUGUCUGGCAAAAUUGCAAUUUUCUGUCUAUCUUUAACAGCAAUCACUGUGCAAUGUGCUGUUAUAAAUCAAGACGUUUUGCAACGGUUGCCUCGCUCACCAUGUUACUCCUGUGGCAUGACUUCGCCGCAGCUGCUGCCUCCGCCUCCUCCAUCACCGUACUUCAGGACCCAACACUGGAGUGGAUACGGAAGAAGCAUUGACGGCACCCAGCAAGGGGUGUUCAGCGGAGCAGCCGCCGCGGUCGGGGGCUCGCAGGCCGCGGGAGAGGCAUUCUCCUUAGCUUCCGCUGAUAAAUCCAAUGGAAACUAUGCAGCCCAGCAACAAGAUAACAAUAGACAGGACCAGGAUGAAAACAAGUUUAAGGUUACCCAAUAUCACUACGGUUCUGAAAGCCAUGGAGCCAAUGAUGGUUCGGAAGGAGAUUCAAAGGCUUUAAAGGAAGACACCAGUGCACAAGUGCCCAUUUCAAGUGGCAGUUUUGCUCAUUCGUCCGGUAAAAGUGACGCUUCGAACGUAAAAGCAAAAGAUGAUGAACAGCAACAAGUUCAAUUGAAUAACUUGCCCCAAUCACACGGCUAUGGCUCUCCUCACAUUCAAAAGGAUAAUAAGCCAGACCUGCGUCCCCAAGUCCCAUCUGAGACCCCGAAACAUGAUGCUACUUACUUCGAGUCUAAUUCAGACAAAAUUGCUCAGACCUCAGGCCAAUACCACCACGAUUCAUCCCAAGUUAACCGAGGAGAUAUGGGCCAGGAAGUACCCCAAACUUCAAGCGGCUAUUUAAGCCAAGGCUCGGCUGGGGCAGCCAGUUCCACUCAGGAUGGUCAAGUGAGCCAGGUGUCAAGUCUAAAAGCUGGUCCCAAACCACAAGUCCCUCAACUGGUAAGAAGCUAUGGUACCAAAUCAGGUGCUAACUCAGGCAGUGGUUACCAGAGCGGUAGAAGCAAUAGCCAGAGCGGUUUGGGAUAUUCGAGUGGAGCAGGAUAUGGCCACGGGGGUUAUCAGGGCUACCAACAGCAGCAGCAGCAGCAGGUCUCGGGUGGUUACUCCCACGGAGCUAAUGGUGCAACUGCCAAUGGACAAGGCUACUCAGGGUAUCAGGACACUCUGAAGGAUGCUCUGAGCCUGGCGUCGCAAGGUCUGGAGACUUCAAGACAGGCCGGGGGCGCCGCGGGGGCCGGGGGGGCGGGGUGCCCCUCGUGCGGGCAGGGUGGGAGCUACGCACUCAGUAAUGCCAGGAGUCACACUGGAAACGCGGUCGCCUUAUCUAUUGGUGGAUAAAAUUAUUGUUUUUUCAUAAUAUUUAUUCCUCAGAGAUUUGUUUGUUAUCUAUUUGAUAAGUAUAAGUACUAAGUACCGAUUCAUAAUAAAUCUUUAUUUAAAAUCAA